AAAAGAAGCCACUCCCAUAGCAAGAUAAGCAGCUUGAGAGACAAUAGACCUUCUCUUCCUGAUGGGAUGAAUUUUCUCCUCCUUUCUGACUAAUAAUGUGCCUAGAAGAUUGUUAUUCUGUAAAAAGCAAGGUGAGAAGUCAUGAUCUGGAGCAUAAAGUGGAAUGACUGGCCAGCUGCCUACAACAAUCCCACUCUACCUUUAUGCCUAAUAUACCUCAUCCUUCAGCUUCCUUAUAUUCCUGGCUCAAGAACAUUCACAGUAUGUGGCCCUCAGGCCCAACCCACUCUGGCCUGGGUGGGGAAAGAUGUCCCAUUCUCCUGUCAUCUCUCCCCUAAAAUGGAUGCUCAAGGAAUGACUGUGAAGUGGGUCAGAGGCCCACUGGUUGUGCACCUGUACCGCAUGGGGCAGGAGGUGGAGGAAGUCCAGGCCCCUACAUUCCAAGGGAGGACAACACUGCUGAGACAGGACAUGGCUGAAGGGAAGGUGACCCUGAGAAUCCACCAGGUCCAGCUCUCUGAUGCUGGCCAGUACACGUGCUAUUUCCAGGCAGGCCCCUUGUACAGUGAGGCCAACUUUGACCUCCUGGUAGCAGAAUGUCAGAAAGGACCAUUCUCAGUGACUGGCCCUGCCCAGCUUAUUCAGGCCAAGCAAGGGGAAGACAUCACCCUCUCCUGUGAACUCUCCCCCAAGAUGAAUUGUCAGCGCAUGAUUGUGAACUGGUGCAGAAACCAGACCCUCAUGCACUGGUGCCCCAAUGGAGAGAAACUGGAGGAAUCCCAGAGUGCUGAGUUCCAGGGGAGGAUAGAGCUGCUGAAAUAUAAUAUGGCUGAGGGGAAGGUGACCCUUAGGACCCAGCAGGUCCAGGUCUCUGACUCUGGUUUAUAUACUUGCCAUUUCCAGUCAUCCGAUUAUCACACUGAAGCCCACAUCGAACUGCAUGUAACAGAAAAUCAUCCCACAUCUCAGAAGACACCUACUAUAAGCAUUGUUGCUGUAUCCUCAGUGGUCUUGAUGGUUUCCAUCUUGGUGAUUUAUUUCUUCUGCAAAACAAAACUACAGAGACCCAGAGAGGAAUUCCAAAGUGGCCGAUUCCAGGAGGAGGGCAGAGAAGUAGCAGGGACCAGCAGGGACACAUCUGCCUCUUCUGAAGACCUUCAGCUUCCCCAAGGUCUGCCAGACAGAAAAUCUAUCUCUCCUUUAAUGAUACUGGAAGAGGAAGAAGGGCCAGCAUGACUACAGAGCAGAGCCUAUUAAAGCCCUUUCCUUUGUGCCCCCUUUAACCCCCUGGGACUUCUAGCAACUUUGGAAAGAUUCUUUCUCUCCCUUCCCCAAACCCCUCAUCAAAGACAAAGGGCUAUAGCUUAUAGAUUACCAGGCAAGGAAGAGAGAGCCUGGAACUUCUGGCUACUUCUUCCUUUCCAUUUCCUCCUUGAAGAGAAGUCACUGACUAGCCAUAUGCAGAGGCAAUCAUUUUCAUCCCCUGGUAGCAUCCUGGAUGGUGGAGACUUACUUCCUGAGUUCUGAAUUUGGUUAUGUAAGUGAGAUUUUCCCCAUCCCUUUGAUACAAGUGAUUUAUCAGUAGUACUAAUCAGUCUAUAGACUCCAAACUGCAAUUUAAACUAUUUAGAUAUUCUUUAGUAGCUUAAGCAAACAAUAAUGAAGUAAGUAAGGUAAAUAUUGGUAGGAGGUUUGAGAAUAUUUUAACUAACUGGGCCCUAAUCUGUGGACUUUUGACUGGCUGCCUUAUCUGACUGCUAUUAAUUGUCUAAGUCAGUCUGUUAGGGCCCUUUAAAACUUCCACCAUAACUGCUUCUCCCAAAUUGAUAGGUAAAUGCCUCUUUUAAUUAAAUAAUGAAAGCAGGGUUUAUUUAUAAAAAUAAAUGUAAGAGAUAAGGGAAAAUAAACGCAAAGUUAUACAACCUGACUG